CGGAGACUUUCCCUAGAGAGGGAAGCGCCUCCCUCUGAAGCUAUGUUCAAGUAGAGGCUGUGAUCAUAUGUAGAGGCAGAACUCGUCACACGGUCGACUGUUAACAUUCGCUGCUGCGUGUUUUAGUCUAGAUCUGGGUUGUACUCAUCGCUCACCUCACACACACUUGUUGAACAUGGGAUUCCUGCUGACUAAGAUGAUGGCUGUGUUCGGGGACAGAGAGCACAAAGUCAUCGUUGUGGGUUUGGACAACGCAGGGAAGACUACCGUCCUCUAUCAGUUCCUGACCAAAGAGGCCGUCCACACGUCACCAACCAUUGGCAGCAACGUUGAGGCGAUCACCUUUCGUAACACUCACUUCUUGGUUUGGGAUAUUGGAGGACAGGAGAGCCUUCGAGCCAGCUGGUUCUCCUACUACUGCAACACAGAGAUCGUCAUCCUGGUCGUGGACAGCACCGACCGGGAGCGACUGACGGUGACCAAAGAAGAACUGCACCGAAUGCUCGCCCAUGAGGACCUCCAGAAGGCAGCUGUUCUUAUUCUGGCCAACAAACAAGACGUGAAAGGCUCCAUGACACCGGCAGAGAUCUCCCAGUGCCUAACGCUCGACUCCAUCACAAGUCACUCCUGGCACGUGCAGCCCUGCUGCGCUCUGACUGGAGAGGGUCUGCCUGCUAGUCUUGACUGGAUGAGGUCACGGGUAGAGGCGAACUAGAGCACGCUGCAAUGGACUGAACGUCUUGAGACUGAGCAAACAUCUUAGACACUGCAGAUGCAUCGGUGUCAGGAUUAUUUACAGUGUUUGGGGUGUAUGGACAUGGCAUCUGUGACAGAGCCUGCCUCGACAAACCUACAGCAUGUCUUGCGGAUUGAAAGCCUGGACAGAGCUGCUUCCCAUCUUUAGAGUAAACUGACAACGGAGAAACCUUCAAGGCGACAGGACCAAAUGGUGAAGUGUUUGGUGCCAUAAUGAGUGCUGUUUAUUUUUGUUGUGGGUAUCAUGAAAUGGUCUCUGUUCAAAGUUUAAAGCACCUUACCCGACCAGUAAUGUCACAUUCCACUUAGCGCUAGCUAAAAAGCCAUGCCAAAAGUUGUGCCAAAAAUGGAACAAAUGAAUCAGGUACAUAACAGAUCAUAAUUUAUAACUCUACAGCUUUUAUAUUUUGUACAGCCAGCAUUUGACAGAAACCUUAGAGUGGGACAAUCGUGAUCUCAUUUUGACCUUUGAAUGUUUAUUCUCAUGACUGACCGGUUUCAGUUUUAAUAUGCCAUAACUAUUUCUAGAUCAGCUAAAUGCUAUACCUCUUUAGGUUCAAAACAUCUUAUUAACCACUUUUUAACAAUCAGCGGCAUGAAAUGCCAUAAGAACUUUCACACAAGAAGAACCUGCAAGCACAUACUGUGACCUCACUUUGCAAUAGCAUUAUAUUUUAAGCCAUCGAACAACAGAACUGUUAUAUUAUUGAACCUAAAAAUGUUUAUUAUAAUGAUUUGUUUUAUUUUAUUGAAAAAUCAAAGCUCUCAAAUGAUGUACUGUAUGUUACAGCAAUUUCCCGAAUGGGAAUAGGAGCUAGCUGCUAAGGACAAGAAGCCUUAUUUUAAAUGUACAUAUUGUAUAGUGCAAUUUCUUUCUUUCUUUUUUUACAAUAAAUGUUAUUAUUGAAAGCCUU